AUGUCAGGUAGUGUGGAUGCCGAUAAGUAUUCAGUUGCAUAUGUAACUGUCCCUAGCACAGAUGUUGGGAAAACUAUUGGUCAUGGCCUCGUCAAAAAUAAACUAGCUGCUUGUGUCAAUAUCAUACCUCAAGUUACAUCAAUAUAUGAAUGGAAACAUGAGAUUAAUGAAGAUAAUGAGGCAUUACUGAUGAUCAAAACCCGCACUUCCUUAGUAGAUCAGUUGACAGAAUUUGUCCGAACCAACCACCCAUAUGAGAGGUCGAAGCGUGACGAUUUGGGGAAAGAAGAUAAGCGAGGGUCGCGGUCCGCGGGUCAGUAUGAGCGGGCGGUAGCGGGUGCGCAGGCGCGGAUCGAUCGCGCGCCAUCGAGCGACUCGGCGCCCACUCGGCAUUCGGCCUCGCCGCUCGACGCAGUGUCGCGCGCGGGCUGA